UCCAGAUAGCUGGAUAAAAUGUAACAAAACAGGCAACAACAUUGUACCUGCUUAAAGGAGCCGCAAUCGUACCGAAACCUCUCUUUCAACUCCACCAGUGAGUAAAAUCAACACUUUCUUUUGGGGCUUUUGAUAAGAAAAGACGAAAAGUGAAUGCAAAAAUUAAAAAAGAGAAAAACUGGAGAUAAAACAAGCGUGGACUCUGGACGGUCGUGAAACUAAAGCAAGUCAGAGACGGAUAAAGAUCGACUUGUGGAGGAUCAAGCAGUAAAGAUGUUACCAUAGAAAAUGAGAAAACAUGAGAAACAAACCAGGAGAGAAGAAAGAACUGAAGCUCCACUAAAGUGGACUUUUGUAUCGCAAUGGCUUGAUUUUUUUUCUAAACAUUAAGAGCUUUAAUUAUGAUUCCUGCUUGCUAAAACAAAACAAAAAGAAAAGUUUGCAGCUUGUCCUUGGGAUAUUGAAUUCUAUGAAACAGCUGAUUUUGGCUGUCCCUGUUUCUGUUGGUGGGGCCACCUGUUUUCUGUUGGUUUGUAUUCACCAUGUCCAAAGUGCUACAAAAGAAAAACCAUUGGACAGCAAAAGUUAAUGAGUGCGCGAUUAUCAAAGACGCUCACGGGGAACUGAAUGUGGAGUUGCUCGGGGGAGCAGAGAAUGGAGAGUUUCCGUACAUCGGGGAAGUUAAAGAAGAUGUCGCGGUUUUCAGAGAAGGAAAAUUAACCGAGGGGGAAUUGAUCCUGGAAGUAGAGGGGCUCGCAGUGUCUGGAUUGCCCCUCUACGAUGUACAGACAGUGAUAAAGAACUGCAAGGGUCCCGUCAGGUUGAGAACUGUAAAACAAGGAAGCAGACUCAAUAAGGAUCUCAAGCAAUAUCUAAGUCAAAGGUUUCAGAAGUCAUCUGCAGACCAUGAGCUACAGCAAACCAUCAGAAAUAACCUUUAUCGCCAUGCUGUGCCUUGCACAACCCGGCCUCCAAGAGAAGGAGAGGUCCCAGGAGUAGAUUAUAAUUUUUUGUCUGUGCAGGACUUUCUGAACCUUCAGGGUAGUGGGACCCUUCUAGAAAUUGGAACAUAUGAAGGUAACUAUUAUGGAACUCCCAAGCCUCCGAGCCAGCCCCUCAGUGGGAAAGUGAAUACCAGCGAUGUUUUGCAAGACAGCCUGCCUGGCUCCCAACAGUCAACCCCUAAACGGACCAAGUCUUACAAUGAUAUGCACAAUGCUGGAAUAGAGCACACAGAGAAUGAAGAUGAUGACGAACUGCCUGAAAUGAACAGUAGUUUUACAGGAGACUCCAGUGAACAAGACGAGCUGCCCGCCGUCCACCUGCACCCCUCCCGAGAAAAAGCCCCGUCCUACACUGUUAACAACACCUCUGCGUCAACCACGGAAAAUUCCCAGCAGCCACACCCACACCUUCACCCUCCUGAAGAGGACGAGCUCGGCCCUCUGCCGGACAACUGGGAGAUGGCAUACACGGAGAAUGGGGAGGUCUACUUCAUAGACCACAACACAAAAACAACAUCUUGGAUAGAUCCGCGGUGCCUGGAGAAGCCCCAGAAACCAUUAGAGGAGUGUGAAGAUGAUGAAGAAGGGGUACAUACUGAGGAGCUGGACAAUGAGCUAGAACUACCAGCUGGAUGGGAAAAAAUAGAUGACCCAGUAUAUGGUGUUUACUAUGUAGACCACAUCAACAGGAAGACACAGUAUGAGAAUCCCAUACUGGAAGCCAAAAGGAAAAAACAGCAGCAGCCGCCAGAAGGUGAGCGGUACAUUCGAGAAUGGAUAGAGGAACAUUCCUCUGCUGGUGCCCCUCUCGCCAGUUAUUCCACAAACCACCAAGAAACCUACAGAGAACCUCAGGCGGCUCCUCCACCCCUGCCUCCGUUAGGUGUGAAAAGAGGAAAACCGUUCUUCACCAGAAAUCCUGCAGAGCUGAAAGGACUGUUCAUUCACACAAAGCUGAAAAAGAGCCGCCGAGGGUUUGGCUUCACUGUGGUGGGAGGGGAUGAGCCCGACGAGUUUCUUCAGAUUAAAAGUUUGGUUCUGGAUGGGCCUGCUGCUCUUGAUGGGAAAAUGGAAACGGGUGACGUGAUUGUGAGUGUAAAUGACACCUGUGUCCUGGGAUACACGCACGCUCAGGUUGUGAAGAUCUUCCAGUCCAUCCCAAUUGGUUCCAUGGUGGACCUUGAACUGUGCCGGGGUUAUCCUCUGCCCUUUGACCCCGAUGACCCAAACACCAGCUUGGUAACAUCUGUGGCAAUUUUGGACAAGGAGCCUAUCAUUGUCAAUGGCCAAGAAAACUAUGAGUCACCGUCCAGCCAUGGCAGUCAAACGGCCAACGUCAAUGGAAUGAAGGAACCGAGACCCUACAGUCCCUCCGCUGAGGUGGCUUCAAACAGUUCCCAAAGUUACCCGAAUGAUGUAGUUACGUUGGCAUCUUCUAUAGCAACUCAGCCCGAGCUAAUUACAGUUCACAUGGAGAAAGGAGACAAAGGCUUCGGUUUCACCAUUGCAGACAGUCCGCAAGGCGGAGGCCAGAGGGUGAAGCAGAUCGUUGACUAUCCCAGGUGCCGAGGCCUGAAGGAAGGGGAUAUUAUAGUGGAGGUGAACAAGAUGAAUGUCCAGAACCUGACUCAUAAUCAAGUGGUGGACAUGUUGAGCAAGUGCCCGAAAGGAAGUGAGGUCACAAUGCUGGUUCAGAGAGGACUGGUGCCUACAAAGAAGAGUCCAAAGCUGCAGCAGCAGCAGCAGCAGCAACAACAACUUGAGAGAAAAGACAGCCAGGGCAGCUCCCAGCACAGCGUCUCCAGCCACCGGAGCCUUCGCACUGAGUCGCCCAUUCACAGCGCCCCCGUUCUUCCCAGCUACUCCAGCAGCACCGCCACGGAGGGAGCAGCGCCCCCUCCCCAGCCCCCACAGCCUCUGCAGCCACCCCAGCCCAUACAGCUGCCACAGGAACCAGGGGACGGCACAGCGCAGAAGAAGCCAGAUCCCUUUAAAAUCUGGGCCCAGUCGAGGAGCAUGUAUGAAAGUAGGCUACCUGAUUAUCAAGAGCAGGACAUUUUCCUGUGGAGGAAAGACACCGGGUUUGGGUUCCGAAUUCUGGGUGGCAACGAGCCAGGAGAACCUAUUUAUAUUGGUCAUAUUGUGAAAUAUGGAGCGGCCGAUGAGGAUGGACGGCUAAGAUCGGGGGACGAGCUGAUCUGUGUGGAUGGAACCGCUGUUGUAGGCAAAUCCCACCAACUUGUUGUCCAACUGAUGCAGCAGGCUGCCAAGCAGGGCCACGUCAACCUGACUGUGAGGCGCAAGACGGCGUUUGGAGUAUCCAAAGUGGACGGUGAUGUCCCGGCCUCACCGGCCUCCUCCCACCACAGCAGCAACCAGGCGCCCUCCCUCACUGAGGAGAAGAGGACCCCCCAGGGCAGCCAGAACUCCCUCAACACGGUGAGCUCGGGCAGCGGCAGCACCAGCGGCAUCGGCAGCGGCGGGGGCGGCGGCAGCGCAGUGGUCAGCGCGGCGGUGCAGCCCUACGACGUGGAGAUCCGCCGCGGGGAGAAUGAGGGCUUCGGGUUUGUCAUCGUGUCCUCAGUCAGCCGGCCCGAGGCGGGAACCACAUUCGCUGGAAAUGCAUGUGUGGCCAUGCCUCACAAAAUAGGUCGGAUUAUCGAGGGAAGCCCAGCGGACCGCUGUGGGAAGCUGAAAGUAGGAGAUAGGAUCCUGGCUGUUAACGGCUGUUCCAUCACCAACAAAUCACACUCGGACAUUGUGAACUUAAUCAAGGAGGCCGGAAAUACUGUCACCUUAAGAAUCAUUCCAGGAGAUGAGUCCUCCAAUGCGUCUCUCUUGACUAAUGCGGAGAAGAUUGCCACCAUAACCACCACACAUACACCUCAGCAACAGGCUGCACCAGAGACAAGGAACAACUCAAAACCAAAACAGGACACUCUGUUUGAAUUUAAACCCCCCCAACCUCCAACCACAGCUACAGCACAAUCUCAAGCCCAGGAUACAGAAAUUUACUCUGUUGAUCUUGAAAGGGACUCCAAGGGUUUUGGGUUCAGCCUGCGUGGUGGCCGAGAAUAUAACAUGGAUCUCUAUGUCCUGCGGUUAGCUGAAGAUGGUGCUGCAGUUCGCAAUGGGAAAAUGAGGGUUGGCGACGAGAUCCUGGAGAUCAAUGGAGAAACCACAAAAAACAUGAAACAUUCCCGCGCAAUAGAACUGAUUAAAAAUGGGGGCCGCAGAGUCCACAUGGUUCUGAAACGUGGAGAUGGCUCUGUGCCUGAAUAUGACGCCAGCAAUGACAGGAACAGUACCACCGCAGGUUCACAAAAUGUUUCGGAAGUGAAAACCUUGCCACACAACAGUCGAUUUCACCCAUCAUCGGAGUCCAGUUAUCCACCAGAUCUUCACAAAUCAUCACAAAAUGAGGACAAGAGGAUGAGGGAUCCUGCGGGCAGCAGGGAGCAUGGCAGAUACUCCAAUCACCACCACACAUGGACCAGUCAUGGAAACUACAAGAGCCACACGCAUCGAAGACACCGGUCUCCCGAACACAGGGGUGGGCACAGGCGCCAUGGGAGGAGAUCCGAAGAAAACGGAACAGCCAAGCCACAGAAGGGCACAAAGAAGGAUGAGAGUCCCGGGAAGAGGAAGACUGAGCACCACUCGCACCACAGGAGACACCGUUCUCCUGACAAGAGACGAAGUGGAGCCAAGAGUGUUGACAACACCUUCGACAGGAGGCAGGAAAGAUCGCCGGAGAGGAGGAGAGUGUUAUCCCCUUCCCGAGAAAGGAGGUCCCUGGACAGAUAUGGGGACUCCAGGCGAUCACCAGAGAGGAGGCAGGAUUCUUCUCCUGACAGGAGGAGAGCAAAGUCCAUGGACCGAAGACGAGAACACUCUCUGGAGAGCCAGAGGGACUGGUCACCUGAGAGAAACUCCAGGGAGGAAAACUUUGGGAGAGAUGCAUCACCUGAAGGGAAUUACAAGAAGGAGGUGUUUUUAAGAGGCAGGUCUCCAGAAAGAAACAACAGAAGUGAGAAUAUGUGGAAAACCAGGUCACCGGAAAGAAGCUCCAAGAACGAAACCUUGACGAGAGCCAUGUCGCCAGAAAGAAACUACAAAAAGGAAACCCCCUCAAGAGGAAGGUCACCUGAAAGAAAAUACCAGAGCGAAAAUUUUGUAAGGGACAAGUCUCUUGACAGGAGUGACAGAGAGGAAAAAUUCCUGAGAGACAGGUCACCUGAAAGACAUUACAAAAAUGAAAAUUUAAUGAGAGACCCAUCGCCUGACAGAAGUUACAGAGAUGACCAGGUCCUGCCCAGAGUCAAGGAGUACAACACAUUGAAGUCCAACACAAGCAGAGGUUCCAGACCACUCCCUGAGCCUAAGAGAAGGCCCUACAGAGAGAGCCACAAUGACCUCAGCAUCUGAUCUCAUGUCGUGGUUGUGCCACAUUUCUCCUCACAACCCCAGCCCGUCUGCCCUGGAAGAAGUGGAACCUGGACUUUUGAAGAUAUUAAAUUAUUGAUUUGAGUUUCUUGUGUUCCCAGAGAUUCAAAAAUUACCAACAUUUACAGCAGAAGUACAAUCUGAAAAAUGCAUUCUUUGUUUUAUUUUGCAUAUAUGCUUUAUUCAAAAUUUUACCGAACAAUUACAAGAAAAAACGAUUAUGUGCCUAACAGUAUCACAGUGACAUUUUUUAAAUGAUGAAAGAGGUUUUUUUGCAGUUGUUAGAUGAAUACAAAUUCCUUCUUUUUCCAGAGAACCCUUAUAUGCGCCAGACUCUUUCUGACCUCUGGUGCACAGAUAUGUCAUACGCAUGUCUUAAAACUGAAUGGUUUUGGCUACUUUUUUGUCCUUAUCAGUGCCACUGUUUUCUAGCUAUCUGAUCACAAUAUAGCACAAUCCUGCUUUGGUUUAUAUAGUUUUUGGCAGUUUGCGGUAUAUGUACAUUCAGAAGUGUUCAUUUUAAAGGAAUGAAGGAAAAAUUAAAAUAAUAUAUUUGAUUUAUCCUCUUGAAAAUGAUGUCUAAUAUUUAUAUAAAUUCAGCACAGAAAUUAGCACAUUUUAGAUUUAAGGGGCAGUGGUGAUUCACAGUCACAUAAGUAAAUGUUACCUCUUUCAUUCACUCUUCGCUCUGUACUGCUGUAUGCUACUGUUGAGAGAACUGCAGUAGUGUCUGUCUUAUCUUCCAGCAACGAAGACACAAAAAAAUGGAAAUAUCCCCUUAAAGUAGGUUGGGAGCUCUUCUUUUAUACUGAAACUAUUUCCAAGAAGACACAAACAAAAAAAAUAGGCUGUUUCCAUCCUGAAUUUGUUUUGAAAAGAAGCCUACUGAUUAUAAGAAAGUAAUGGUCGGAUGUUUAUGCUAUAGUGGGGAAAAAAGAGCAGUACCAGGAUUAUGUUUCUGAUCUCUUUUGCAGAAUGUACUGCCAUUUCCUGAGCCUUUAAAGAUAAAACCCUAAUGAAGUGCUUUUGUUCUGGAGAUAAAAAAAACGGAAAGUCUUUUCCCAGUUAAUGUUGUUAAUGACUUUAAAAAUGCACUGAAGUAAGAUGGUAAAACGGUUGUUUCCGAGGACAACAAAAGAAAUUAACUUAAAACAGAACUUCUGGUUGCAAUGCCUCAAUGCAACUUUAUCUAGAACGAUCAGUGAAACAUCUUUGAGUUAUAAAUGACAAGCUACAUCUUAGUGUUGUGUGGUCAAGGUCUGUUGUGGUACCAAAUUGAGAAAAUGAUUGCUAACUGCCUCGCUGAGCCAUAAUGUUUGCCAUUACUGUCAGACCACUACAGUAAACUGCUGCUUUACAGUGCAUUAGUGUGUAUAUGUGUAAUGUUUCACAUUUUUCCAUGAAAAAAACAACAAAAGCAUUGCAAGUUUUAUCACUGUUGUUGCCAUGGUACUGUAACAAAGUUUAAUGGCCAACCAUCCUGUGUACAGAAUUUAAUAUGUAAUUAAUAGAGCCUGUUGGGGAAAAAAAAAUAAAAUGUUGCCUUUUUCUUGUAUAAAAGAGAAUUUAUGAUAAACCUUAGCUGUGAGGAAUGUGAUUAAGUGUUUAUAUUUCUGAAAUGGAACACAUGAUUCAUGGGAAAUAUUUUAAUGUAUACUGAAUCAGGUAUGUAAAGCAGUUUUAAAAUGGAAGACUAUAUAAGUAAAUCUGAAGCUUUUUGUUGGUUUGAAUUUUUCUUCAUGGUGGGCCUGCCUGUGUAUUAUAAAGCACUUGUAUGCAGUCUGUUCUUUAAGCAUUAUUUCUUGCAAUGUGCUAUAGACAUAAUGCUAUCUUAUGUGUUGAUGAAAAGCAGUAUAUGGGCCAAUCUUUUUUAUAAAACACUAUGCAUAUAUAAAUACUACAUUGUUCAUAGCUUUAUUUGAUGCAUAAGGCUAUACAUAACAUUAGUCUAAGUACAAGUAGAUGUGGAUUUACCCCGUACGAGCUUCUUUCCUUGAAACGGAUCACAAUGUAUAUGUAGCGACAAAAAAAGAAGUCUGUGAAUGCUAUUUUUAUUAUCAAAUAAAGUUUUCCAUACAAAUUCA